UUAAAAUUGAUACCAUCUUUGUUAUUAAAACUCAGUUUACUAGUUAACAAAAUAUAUUAAUUCGUGAAUAUAUUAAUUUUAAAGUUUAAUAUGACGAAUUUAUUCAAAUUGGUAAUUCUUGUUGUUACAGUUAUGCUAAUGAUAAAUAUUGCAAAAAUAAGAUCUCAAUUCGGUCGAAGACGACCUAUUAAUUCCAAAGUUUUUCCUCAGCAAAAUUUUCAAUUUGCUAGUGGCCCACAACUUUCACAUCAUGAUAGUGAAAUUUUUUCGAAUCAAUUGAACGGAUUUCUAACAAUUCCGCAGCAGCCAAACAUCUCUCGAGAAUCUCAAACACAAAUGCAGCAACAACUUAUUCAAUUAAUAACCCCGCGACCAGUUUUAACACAACAGGUACGUGAUUGCCUCAACGCAUGUCCUACUACUAAUGAAUAUAAUCCGGUUUGUGGUAGUGAUCAAAUAUCAUAUGGUAAUGUACAAAAAUUGGAAUGCGCCUCCAGAUGUGGACAAAAUGUUCAGGUUACUAGACAAGGAAGAUGUGCACUACGAGAUCAAAUACAAAAUUAAAUAGUAUAUGUAUAUGGAAUUUAGUUUUUUAAUUAGUUAUACAAUAAAUUUGUAUAAUUUGUUAUUAUUUGGUUCUGCGAGUCAGGCGUUUGAAAGCAGUUCUUUUCUUUUAAAUUCACAAAAUUUAAUAUUAAUAUAUAGAUAUACAAAAAUGAAAGUUAUCUAGUCCUUGCGUAAAUGCGAAAUUAGCGCAGAAAUAAGUUGUCCAAUUAAUUAAAUAUAAAUUAGAUUUUUCAUUUGAAGUCCUUCUUCUUUCUCUCCUUUCAGAUCUUGAACUAUAUAUUAAACCACACCCAAUUGAAAAUAAAACGUUUGAAUAAUCCAUAUUUUCUGUAA